CCCUACAAAAAACACCAGAAGAUUGGUCCUUUCAAGCUCAAGACCCUAAAACCUUCGAGGUUACAAAAACUCUGUAUUUUCAAUGGCUAAAGGAAAAGUCCUUGGUGGGAGUUCAACAAUCAACACAAUGGCGUUGAGAAUAGGUGCACCUGAAGACUAUGACCAUUGGGCUGAGUUGGGUAAUGAAGGUUGGAACUGGUUGAAUGUCACAAAAUACUUCGACAAGGUUGAUGAAACCAUUAAAACCACAGACUACACAAGCACAUCACCAUUUAGAAAUGUACUAGGUAAAGCUGUAGAAGAACUAGGGAUUGAUCCCAAUAGCUGUGGAGGUUAUGGGUAUAAAGAUGCACCAAUCCAGACUUAUGAAGGUCAAAGAUAUUCCCAAGCAAAAGCUUAUCUAUCACCAAUCAAGGACAGAAAAAAUCUAUGUGUAGUCACAGAAAAGAUAGUAACGGGUUUAUGGUUUACCCAAAAUGGAACUAUACAAGGUGUUACCAUAAAUGAUUCACCUACCACCUCUAAAAGAAUAAAAUCAACAAAAGAAGUCAUUCUCUCUGCAGGUGCAAUCAAUACACCUAAACUUUUAAUGUUAUCUGGAAUAGGUCCAAGGGGUCAACUCCAAAAAUUAGGAAUACCCACAAAAGUAAACCUUCCAGUUGGGCAGAAUUUCAUGGACCACAUGGUAAUCCCUAUAAUGUUACAAGGAAUAAUGCCUGAUUUAGACUUUGAAGAACCUGUAACCCUCAAAGAUCAAAUAGACAUCUACUGCUCCAAUAAAACAGGGUCAGACCUAUCAACCAUCGGGAUCUCCAACUAUCAAGGAUACAUCAACACAGGAAACAGCAUCACUUGGUCCGUACCCAAUCAACUCCCCAAUGUAGAAUUACUCCACUAUGGUUUCAACCCACAGGAACCCAUAUUAAACAUCACUCUGAAUAGAUUUGGGUUUAUGGAUGAUUAUCAGAACCAACUUAAGAAAAUCAACACCAAUCGAUCCUUACUAAUCAUACUCAUUAAUAUCCUACAUCCAAAGUCAAGAGGGUCAAUUGAACUAGAAGAUACCCAUCCCUUAACACCUCCUAAAAUAAACCCAAAUUUUUUAUCACAUCCUGAUGAUAUUAAAACGAUUCUACAGGGUGUUCAGUUUGUAGAAAGACUAUUACAGACGUGGAGUUUAAGUGGUUUCAGUAUAAUCGACUUAGGGUUAAGUCAUUGUAGUCAAUUUGAGUUUGGUACUCCUACUUACUGGGAAUGUUAUUCCAGGACAUUUGCAAUGUCUAUUUUUCAUGCUAGUGGUACCUGUAAAAUGGGCAAUGACUCAUCGCAAAGUGUGGUUAAUCCACGUCUACAAAUUUGGGGACAGCCCAAAAUAAGAGUAGUAGAUUCCAGUAUAAUGCCUGAAUUAAUCACAGGACAUACAAAUUUCCCUGUUGGGAUGAUCGCGGAGAAAGCUGCUGAUAUCAUCAAAGAAGAUUAUCAAAAAUUAACUUUUAAAGUUGUAUAAUAAUUUUAUAUUCGUACUUAA